UCGGGUGCCCGGAGGAACCUGGGCGCAGCACGGGGGGCUUCCGACCCCCACCGCCCCCGCUAGGGACGACCAAAGGUGCCUCCUCACACCGGCGCCCGCCCACGUCUCCUCUCUGGAGCGCGGCGUGUGCCUGCAGCCUUUUCUUGCCGGCCUCAGCUGUGGAGAAUGAAUUAAACCCGCGCUCCGGGCGCAGCGCUGGGCGUGGGGUCACCGAGGGCGGCGGCAAAGCAUAAACUGUCUGACCACAUCAAAUCCCCAGGGACUGGGAUGGCCUUCCCUGUGGACUUACUGGAAAACUACAGUCAUGAAGACCUGGAAAGUUCUGGAGAAGAUUAUAUGUCUGAUCUCAGGUGUGGGGAUCCAGAAAACCCAGAGUUCCUGUCUCUUGCCAGUAAUGUCAAAAUCCCAAUUCGUCUAUCCACAAUAGGCUUCGUCCCCCUUUAUGGCGGAGAGGAAAGGCACAAAGUCCUUGCUUUGUUUGCGCCAGAGGAUUCGCUCACAGCUGUUGCCCUUUUCCUUGCUGAUCAGUGGUGGCCUGUUGAUGAUAUUGUGAGAACAUCUGAUCCUUCCAGAGAAGGACUUUUGCAGGUGAACUCCAUUGGAGAGAGAGUGGUCCUCUAUGUGCUAAAUAGAUUAAUUUAUCGCAAGCAAGAAAUGGAGAAAAAUGAAUGCCCAUUCCUCUGUCAUGGUAGCCAUGAUUAUGCGAAAAUACUAUGGAAGAAAGGAGAGGCAAUUGGUUUUUAUUCUGUUAAGCUUCCAGGAAGCAUAUGUGGUGCCUUUCUGACCCAGAGCUACCAGCUUCCGGUCCUUGAUACAAUGUUUGUGAGGAAGAAACAUCGAGGGAAAGAUUUUGGGCUCCUGAUGCUGGAAGAUUUUGUGGAUUCUUUCACAGAAGAUGCUCUUGGCCUGCGGUUCCCACUCACGUCUUUUAUGCUUGUUGCUUGCCAGAAGUACUUUGAACGGUAUCCAGGGGAUCAUGACCUUCUGUGGGAAAUUGAAGGCACCGGCAACUUUCACCAGCGGAAAACUGUAGCUAGCAUUUUGCAGAGAGAAAGUUUCAAAUGCAUAGAAGGCUCACAGAAAGAAAACAGUGGUUCCCAGGCUGAUGAAAGUUUUCUGCAGACUGCCGUGAACACCACAAGUGAGCAGGCAUCUGAGCCCAGGGAAACACAGUUAAGUGCUGAUGCUCAUAAAAACAAAGAUGGCUUAGAAGUAUAUGAAGGCACAUCUGAAGAACUUAAUGCUGCUCAGCUUUCUACACGAUCACGAGGCAAUAAUCUCAAACGUCCAAAGUUGGGGAAAAGGUUCCAAGAGCCUGAAAUGGUUGAAGAUGAAGAUAUAAGUGUUUUUCAAACACCAGAAAGCAGACCAGAACCUGAUGCACGUGUAUCUGAAAGUUCGGAAGAGGUGAUGGAGAUGGAAGAAAAUGUGGUUGAAAGUGAGCAGGAGGUGUUAGUUGAAAACCAGAAACAACCAGCCCAAGAAGCACCACAGAUGUGUCCUGCAUCUGAGAAGCAAGAUGACAAAGAGGAAAUGGAAGUGGAGCCACUCAACGGAGAGCUCGUGGAAGAUGCUAUCAAGGUCUCAAUAGUGGCUGAAGGACAAACAGGAAGUGAAGCGGUGGAUGGAGAGUCAAAGCUGCAGUUGGAAAAUCCAGAGGAAACAACCUUAACCUUACUUGUCCCAUUAAUCCUUGAUUCGUCAGUAAAAUCCACUGAAGACAGUGAUGACAAUGUUUCUGAUAAGGUUGACAGUGUGGCAGAUGCAGAACUUCCACCCGAAGAGGAACAACAAGCAACGCAAAGGAAAAGGACCCUUGUUCCAAAUGCAGAUCCCGUCGCUGCAGCUGAGAAGGAAGAACCCUCCAACAACGGCCUUUCGAACUCUGUAGCAGCCACUGAGGCUCUGGAAGAUACCAUUUCUGAGAACGUGUCUCCUAACACAACUUCCUCUGUGGAGGAGCAGAGUGAAGAAGGAGGCUCCGACACUCCAGAGGCCCCCGUUGUUCUAGGCCAGGGCGCUUUAGUGAUGGUAGAACUGGAGGACAUCUCGUACUCGCAUCACCCAGAAGGGCAAAAGAACCAACUGGAUGAACAGUCUGAAGAGUCAGCUGAGCCGGCCUCUGAGAAAGCCGCAGACAGCAGUUCAGAGGAUGUGGAGAUCGAAGUGCCCGUAGUGGAUAGGCGGACCUUAAGAAGGAAGGCCAAAGGAUACAAAGGACCACCCAAGAAAAAAGGAAAGCUCAUUUGAAAAGGGAAGAGGAGCAUUGUUUCCACCCAGCUGGAUCACUUUCCGUAUUUUUCUUAAAAAAACAAAACAAAAACAAAAUAUGAAACUACAUGGAACACCAGAACACACGUGUAUUCAAACACUGAAAUCACUCUGCAUUUCCCAGUUCAGUUAUUCGUUUUGUGUGUUUAACCACUCUAUGAGGAGAAGAAAUUUGGAGGUAAACGGUUAGUCUUUUAAAAAAACAGUAGGAUCUAUUUUAGCCCAGUUUGUUUAGCCACAAAAAAAGCUUUCCAUCAGGCCACAGUAGAGUUGUGGAGAGGCCAAACAAAUUACACGACAAAUUGUAAAUUACCAAGCCUUCUGAUGUGGCUUUUGAUUCAUAAGCCAUUAUUUACAACAGCCGUUCCCCUAGAAGUAAGUAAGUGCCACCUAUUUGUCCUGUAUGUUCUUCUUAUGUGUACUUCUCUGGUUCUAGCUUAGAGAACAUGCUGUGAAUCUGCCCCUUGUGGUGUGGAAGUAGACACACCCUGGUAACUUCAGAGUUAACUUUCAUAGGCUUAUUGGGAACAGAAGCUAUGACUAGUUAUUUCUCAAGCCUGGAGCAUUAUUUUGUAGUGAAUUAAAAUCCUGUUUUAACACAGUGCAAAAUAUCUGACAUUAUUUCUGCUUAGUUGUGAGCAUCGUUCCCUGUUGCAUCUUUGGCUCUUCACGGAUGCUAUAUCCACUUUCAUUAAGUCAAGUGUCAGCCGCUCCCAACUAUGGAUCAGCUAAUCCUGAAUUCUGUUUUAUAUUGGGAGUCUUCUUGUUAUUUCACAUUGUGAAUAAAGCAGAUUGUUUUAACUAACGAAGCUUCUAAAAUAACAGAUGGAAACGGAAGAGUAAUUAAGAGUUAACGGUAAGAUAAGAACCUCAGAUUUGUAUGGUUACACCUUUUUAUAAGUAGCGGCAAUUGGUAAGGUUCGUAAAAAAAUGUUACGUUUUAAAUUUGAAGCAAUUUCUUUUUUAGUGUUUAUUAAUAUAAAGGUUCACUUGAAUAGCGUGGAAAGAUUUUGAUUUAAAUGUGCUGAGGUUUGGUCUGUUUGGGCUUUCUGAUUGUACAGAAUUUCUGGCUAUUUUCUAAUAGCUCAGUUGACUGGUAGGGCUUUUUUAUUUUUAAACUUUUUUUUCUUCUCUUGGCAAAAGUGCUGGUUUUGGGGGUUUUUUUUAAAGCAUGUCAUGAGAAGGCUUGGGACAUGCAUAGAAUUGCCAAGUUGAGUGGGUUUUUCAGGGCGUUCUUUUUUCUACCAAUGUACAUUCUGUAUUGUGGAUUAGGAGUGUAUGUGCAGAAAUAUUAGUUGUUGUUUAUAAACAAUAUAUUUAAGUGAACCUUCAGCAUUUUUAAUGUUUGAUUAAAUACUUUCUUACAAAGCACAUUAAAAACCGUUUAAGGCUUGUC